AAGAGGUAGAGAGGGGGGAAAGGGCGAGGAGGGCGCGUGCGAUCAACUUCGGUUCGGUUCGGUGCGACCGUGCGGUGCGUACUCCGCGUACUCGAGCGAGGGCCAGCGCAGCGCGCCGGUGGCAGCGUAAAACGCUCGCGUCGCCGUCGCCGUUGCCGUCGCCGUCGCCGACAAGUUUGGGAUUGGACUCUUGAUCGUGACUUUUCGGUACGUCGACCUUGUAAAACGCUCGCGAUAUCAAGAAAGUGCGAAAAGGAAAGUAUGUGGCGAGAUACAUCGCGAUAUAUCGUACGUACGUAAAGUAACUAACAAUAAAGUGCGUGCGUGCGUACGUGCGUGCGUGCAUGCGCUACGCUGCAUCGCGCCGCGGGAGCUCGGUAAAUUCGCAUUUGGCUGAAAGAAAGAGGGAAUCAGCGACUGAAUAGAUAGUAAAGGGGAGAGCGAGAGCGAGAGAAGAAACGAGUAGGAAGAGAAAGAGACACAACGCUCUUGUGGCGCGUUCGGGACUUCGGGACGAACGCAACAUCGCAUCGACAGUUUGUAGGCAGAAAGAGCGAGAGAGGAAACGGCCGAGAAGUUUGGAGCGGACGGACGGACGGACGGACGGACGGAGACGAGACGAGACGAGACGUGACGGUGACGGUGACGUUACGUUACGUUGCGUUGCGUUACGUUGAGAACGCGUCGCGGUGACCCGCCACCGUUGCCGCUCGUUCGCGCGUCGUCGUCGUCGUUCGUCGGACUGUCGGAGACGUCGGAGUCGUGACUCGCGCAGCCCGCGGCUUCGACUCUCGAGAUUCUCGAGAGGAGCGUUUGCCAGUUCGCAACUCGCCCCGCGUCCCCAUGCUCCCUCCUCCCCAACGCGUCGGGGACAACACACACGGAUCGGGGUUGUCGCCGCCAGGGUUGUUACCGAGGCCGGAAUAUUUUGACGUGCUGAACCACCUGCUAGAAAGCAUGGAAAUAUCCAAGAACCUGAAAGAGGAGAUCUUGGAUGUGCAACAGGAACUGCAGAAAGCGAUACUCGAGCAUCAGAUGUGCGUAGAAAAUUUGAAGGAUGACCCAAAUAAUUCAGACAUACUCGGGCAGAUAAAAAAGAUUCAGAUACACAUCAAGUCUCUGGGAAAAUGUCAGAAGCAGUUCGUGCAGCGGCUGCGCAAAGAGGUGGACGCGUUCAAGGCAAACAACGCGAACGGAUCGAAAGUUUCUAUACCGUUUCUCCUCGGACUGAACAACAACAAUCACAUUACGAACAAUAAUGAAACAAAGCAUGAAGCAACCGCUAAUGGUUUCGGAACAAAGCCUUCGAAGGAGAACUAUGAAAAAGUUGUUAGAAAUGGUGAUGUUCAUCAUUCGCACCCACGAGAUAACGAUUAUGCGAAAUUACGUCCCAGCUCGGUGGAAACUGUUUCCGGUGAGGACGACGUCAUUGAGGUGCCAUUGGACGAAAAUUUUGAUAUCACACAAGAAAAUGUGCAAAAGGAGAAGAUGCAAACGAAGGAGAUACAAAUGAAGGAGGUGCAAAUGAAGGAAAUACAACAGGAGAAGGUGCAAAUAAAGGAGGAGCAAAUAAUAGAGGUGCAAAUGAAGGAAGUGCAAAAGGAGGAAAUGCAAAAAGAGGAAGUGCGAAAGGAAGAAAUGCAAAAGGAGGUAAAAAAGGAGGAGGUAGAAAUGAAGGAGGAGCAAAUGAAGGAAGGGCAAAAGGAACACAUUGAAUUCACACAUUCGACCGAAAAGUGCUACUACCUAAAUUGCCUCGGGCUUAUUACCAAAUCCAAAUUCAUCGAGCUGCAAAAUAGGAGAGUGGAAAGAAAACGUCGUAGCACGGCGAAUCCGCAUUUUGUAUAUUCUAUGCUCGAGCAACCAUCCAAACGAAGGAGGUAUUCCUAUUUAUCUGGAAAUCCACCUCACACCCGGCAAACGACUGCACGUAUGAACGGUCCAUCGUCACCACUUAACAAAUCUCAGCCAAUCAAACCUACCUCGCCAUCGGAACAAACGAAGCCGUUGGUCCCAGUCCAAAAAUCUACUACCAGGCCAAAUAUCCUCAGAAACGCGGAGAGCAAAGUCUUCGUGAAUAAAAGCAAAGUAGAAGACAAUCAAACGCGAUUGUCCGUAUCUAGUGCCAAAUCUGUUCAGUCGGUAGGUAGCAAGGCUGUUCAUAUACCUGGAUUACCGUCUAGCUUGACCAUCGAAAGGAUAGGGAGUGACUCUAUUGUGUGCAUCUGUUGUGAAAAUCCAGGUUCAUUAACAUCGUGCAAGAAUUGCUCAAGUAACUAUCACGUUUCGUGUCAUACUCGACCAGCGCCUCCAUCUAGGAUCUGUCCAAAAUGUGUUUCAGCAAUAAAGGAGGAAGAAAACAUCGAAAAAGAUGAAGAAGAGGAGGAACAACUGGAAGGCGAGAACAAAUUUCAUUACAAAAAGGACGAAAAAUUCGUUACAACAGCGAAUGCAUCAGGAUUUAUUGGGCAAGCAAGAGAAGACUCAGAAAUCUAUAAAGCGUCUGGUGGACUUUAUAAAGUUGAUGCAACUCAGAACAAACACGUCCUCCCCACUGUCUUCGGCGUCAACCAGCUGCCUGCAUCAACCUUCCUCAUCCCAAUCACCACCAACAAUAUCUCCGCCACAAACGUCAACCAAUCAGAAGACAGCAAAUUCUUUGAUACUGAAUACCGAGUACAAGACACCGCACAUCGUAACCAUCACGUCAUCAGUCAUCACUCACGACCAAGCAUCGCCUACGUCCAAGAAGACCAGGUGUCCCACUCCUAUCAAUUGCCCAGUACCAUCCAGCCAGAAAAGCAUCAAUCAUACCUCAUCGUCAAGAAAAUCGCCGAGUCGACUGGAAGGUCCAAUCAGUCUCCUGGCGGUGAAACCGAAGACCAAAAUCACUCCGCAGUUUUCAACUACCAAUUGCCGACCAGUUGCAGCACUACCAUUCAGAGCGCUGUGCUCCAACCCGUCGUCACCCAUUCCCUGUUCUACGAUCGUGACAACAAUAAGAAACAAACCAAUCGUGCAGUCCCACUCCAUGUCACCAUAUCAAAAUUGUCAAAUUCUCUUCACUCCAUCUCAAACGACCAUCAGCUGGACCGAGCAACCUUCAAUGGUAGGAAGCCCUGGGCCAAACUUACACGCGGCAAACUCUGUGUUAAUCAGUCAGCCAGAUCAGCCACAGAAAUCUUAUUGUCUUCUUACGGCGACCCCGAGAAUAGUGUCACCGAGCAGCAACGACCAAGAUCAGCUGGAUCUGCGGAGAAAGCUACAGCAACGGCGAAUCUCUGUCGUGAGAAGUACCGAUCAAGAAAUUUCAUCCACUCACUGUUCCCAGGCCAUAAUAAGUCCCAUACCAUCACCAGUCGUGCACGUGAGUCACGAAGCCCAAACGACCGAGACUGUCCGCUCCUGCGACAGCAGCUCUGCCGUGAAGAACAUGAACUGGGACUACACGAGCAACCAGAUAGCAAGCCAGCAGCAGUCCAGCUCCAGCGGCGCGCUCUCACACGAUUCUUCGAGCACGUGAAAUUGGAAGAAGCGCAUAUAUCAGCGCCAUUUAGAACAAAGCUAGCACACAAGGAUGAGAUCAGUGAUAAUGACGACGACGAAAUUGCCCGAGAGGACAGUCCGUGCGACGAACAGUACGAUAACGAUGAUGCCGUUGCUGAAGCUUCACUAUUGACGUCAUGCGAUGUUUUGGACGAGGACCGUUUGAUCAUUCCCGUUCCUUGGCUAGACGCUGACUCAAAAAACGCCUGUGAUGACAUCGCGAAUAAGGUAUCCGUUCGUCGUCUUUCGGACGCAGCCUUGUCGCAAUCCAACGAUUAUACCGACUACGAACUCGUUCGUAUUAACUCGCGAUCGUCAGUAACUCUACGACAUUCGGUGGAACGCGAAGACGAUCGACCAACAAUAGCGGCGGCGGCAGCGGCACUGCGCAUUGCACAAAGUAAUCUUUCGGAGCUUUGUAAUGAGGUCUCAGUUCCUGACGAUAAGGCUGACACCGAGAGACAAGACUUACCCAGUGGUAGGCAGUUGAGAAGCAGAAGUAAUAGCAGCAGUAGCAGCAGCAGCAGCAGUAACAACAGCAGCAGCAGCAACAGCAAUAGUAGCAGCAGUGGUCAUAGUGACACCCCAGAGCAAGCGAUGAACGUGAAUGAUCUCUCAAACGAUUUUAACAUUCUGGCUAAGAUGGGCUUCGUUUCUCCGGGGGGAAAGGAUGAGGAGCAAGUCGGCGAUGAGUCGGCGACGGAGAGUGAGACUGAUGCCGCCACUGAUUAGACAUAGUUAGAAUUAAUUAUAUUGACAUUAGGGCUGGUUCUAUGAUGAAUUUUGAGCACGAUUCAAUAGCGAGAACCAUGCAAAAUUUUUUUUUGCACUAUAUAUAUAGAGAUAACUAAAAUAACGCCCACUAAUCAUUCAGUGCUAUUCCUAAAAAAAACUAAGUUAAUCCUCUAUCAUUUUGCAAUUUUUGCAACAGUUAACG